AAGCAAUACUAAAAUAAAUUUAACGAAAAUGUAAAAACACAUUAAACGUUAUAUUCGCAAAAAAAAAAACGUAUAAAUGAGGAACUUUGUAUGUUGGACUGAUUCGUCGCAGUGUUGUAUAUCGAAUAUUCUGGCAGCACGACGAGUUUCCGCACGUGCCGGAACAAGUUAACCUGCAUGAGAAUAUGUUCUCGCCGAAAGAUUCGAGUAAAUCGGAUUAUAUUAGUUUGAAUAUUCACGAUAGCUCGUCGUUUGCACGUGGCACUUCGCGCAGUUUAUGGAGGCAAUGGAACCAAUUAUCCAGGUUUCAGAGAAAUAUACUAUACUUUGCAGUUAUCACAGUUAUACUUGUAAUAUUUUAUCUCUUACCUAGCGAAACCAAAGCUGGUACCUCUGACGAGGUAGACUAUAAUAAUGUAGAAGUUGUACAAGAAACUGCAAAAUAUGAAAAGGCAGUUGACGAAGUUGUAGAUAAUGAUGAACAGGGUGCUGCACCUGGUGAAGUAAUUGAGGAGCCUGAGUUUCAACCAGAGAUUAAUCAAGUUGAUGAUGAUCAAAUUGGUGAACCACCACAGCCAAAACCAAACAUUCUCAAAUUUAAUGGUCCUCAAAAUAGUAGGCAAGAAGCUGUUGUAGCUGCGUUUAAGCAUUCCUGGGAUGGGUAUAAGAAAUAUGCUUGGGGUCACGAUAAUGUUAAGCCAAUAUCGAGGAGAUAUCACGAAUGGUUUGGUUUAGGUCUUACUAUAGUAGACUCGUUGGAUACUAUAUAUAUAAUGGGAUUAAAUGAUGAAUUUUCAAGGGCAAGGAAAUGGGUGGAAGAUAGUUUAGUGUUUACAUUGAAUAGGGAUGUUAAUUUAUUUGAAGUUACAAUUAGAGUAUUAGGUGGUUUAUUGGCGGCAUAUCAUCUUUCUGGUGAUACGCUUUUUUUAAACAAAGCUAUGGAUUUAGGUGAUCGCAUGAUGCCAGCAUUUUCUACCAGAUCAGGUGUCCCAUAUUCCGAUGUGAAUCUUGGCACUAGAAGUGCGCAUAGUCCCAAAUGGGGGCCUGAUAGUAGUACAAGCGAAGUUACUUCGAUUCAAUUAGAAUUUCGCGAUCUUAGUCGUAGUACAGGACAACCUAAGUUUGAGGCUGCAGUGAGAAAAGUUUCCGAACAUGUACAUAAGUUAGAAAAAUACGAUGGCUUAGUUCCCAUCUUUAUUAAUGCUAAUACUGGUCAGUUUCGAGAAUAUGCAACAAUUACGUUAGGAGCUCGCGGUGAUAGUUAUUAUGAAUACUUAUUAAAACAGUGGUUACAAACUGGAAAAACUAUAGACUAUUUACGAGACGAUUACUUGUUAGGUAUUGCCGGAACACAAAAACAUCUCGUUAAAUAUACAGCGGUUAAUAAAUAUUUAUUCAUCGCUGAAUUGGUUGGCGCCAACAAAGAAAUAAGACCAAAAAUGGAUCACCUCACAUGCUAUUUAGGAGGUACUUUAGCGUUAGGUGCGCAUCACGGAUUGUUGACGACACAUAAUACUCUUGCAGAAGAAAUAGUUAAGACUUGUUAUCAAACGUAUGCAAUCCAACCAACGUUUCUCGCACCUGAAAUUACUUAUUUUAAUAUACAAAAAGUGGAGGGUUAUAAUCAAAUGGAUAUGUACGUAAAAACGAACGAUGCUCAUAAUUUAUUGAGGCCCGAGUUUAUUGAAAGUUUAUUUUAUAUGUGGUAUUUCACGGGAAAUAAAACUUACCAAGAUUGGGGUUGGCAGAUAUUUCAGGCUUUUGAGAAUUAUACCAAAGUCGAAAAUGGCUACACAAGUAUUGGUAAUGUCCGGAAUGUUCAACAAACUCGUCAACAAGAUAUGACAGAAAGUUUUUGGUUCGCCGAAACUUUAAAAUACUUGUACUUGUUAUUUGAUGACACUAGACAAUUGAUAGAUUUGGAUCGGUGGGUAUUCAAUUCAGAAGGUCAUCCGUUACCCGUAUACGAAUCAUAACGCGCAAAACUAUGUGAAAUCUGAAUUUCUUAUCCUAAAAUCCUUAAUUCCUAAUAUCCGUUAAAUGAUUGCUUAAAUGCCCAUUAUUGAUCGUUUCUGCAAUAAAAGUUUCUUAAACUUCUCGCGACGUAAUAAACUUUCUCAAUUUGUGAAGUUCUCAAUAGGAUUCUUUUCUAAAGAGAAAUCCAUUUAUGAUACAAAACAAGAUCAUAUAAAUAUAAUAUAUAUAAGUAGCCACAAAUUUACUUAAUGCUCGAAUAUUAUGGCAAAAAUACAAAAAAUUACAGAUGAUUUGAAACCAUGCAGUAAAUAACUAUUUUUAAAUCAGUUUCUUUAAAUAUUCAGCUAUGAAUAAAUGCAAUCUUAUUCGCGUCUAUAUACUAUACGCUUAAAUAUGGCAAAUCAUUGAUAGAUGCUAUUAGUGUUUUUGAAAAUAUAUAGGUUAUUGAUUUCUACUUAUUGUGUAGAUAAUAAAAUUAGACAGAACUUCUUUUAGCACAUAUUGUACUUACCCAUAUAUUCUUUUCACAAAACUUCUAACUUUAGUUGUGCACAUCAUUUCUAAGAAUACACAAUACAUAUAAAAAAAAUUAUUAUUUAGUGCAGUCUUCAUAUUAAAUUCGAAUCUUAUAUUACAAAAAUAAUCUAGUCUUCAUCUAUGAAUAAAUUACAUUGUAUACUUGCAAUCUCCGAUUAUUAUAAAUAUACUUGCAAUCUCCGAUUAUAUAAAUAUUUAUAUAAUUAUAAUAAUAUUGUAUAAUUAUAAUUAUAUAAUAUAAAUAUAAUUAUAUAUAUAUAUAUAUAUAUAUAUAUAUAUAUAUUUAUAUGAAUAUUUACAUAAAAUAGCAAAUAUCUGUUUGCGACUACUACAUUAGGCCAUUAAUACAAUACGGCGAUGAUUAAAUCACAAUCUUGAUAGAAAUUUACAUUAUUGUAAAAUAUAGGCAGAAAAUUUUUAAAUUGUUUAAAUUAUUUAAAUAGUUGUGUAUUUAUAUUUUUAAUAUUAUCUAUUAGUAGCAACUUGUAGCAAAGAAUGCUUCUUAUAUAUAUGAAUAUAUUCAAAUGCUUUUUUUCAUUUAUGAUCUUAUUAAAAAGACUCCAGUUUAGCGAAAUUGAUCACACCUAGAUUCGUGUAGGCGUGAGCGCAAAGAAAAGAUUCUUGCAUUAUGUACAAUUACAAUUCAUUAAGAUAAAUCCCGAUGAUUUUCAAAAAAGUAUAACAUAAAAUUACAUCAUGUCUAAAAGUAUGAAAAAGUCAAGAAAAAAUGUAUAAUGUACAUUUUACACUCAUUUUAGUUUCUAAUCAUCCUCCUUUUUAUAUAGUUUAUUUUCAACCAUUUAGUUUUUUUCAUUUAUGUUAAUUCAUAAAUAAUUUCAGACAUCGAUUUCAAUUAUCUCAUAAAAAAUAGACUACGAUAUAUAUUGCAAGGACAUGUAUCCCGCGUUAUAAAUUGCAGUCUAUAAAUCAUGCUAUAUAUAUGCUAUCAGAUAGUAAGAAGCAGAUAGAAUGAAUAUGCUACUGUUACAGUAUAAAACAAAAUUCGAUUUAAUCAUCAGCUGCAUUAUAGAAAUAUUAUUACUUCUAAUUACUGGCGCAUUAACGAAAAAGAAUCUCGAAAAUUACUCUUCGUUUGCAAUAAAUGCAUCCUUAUACCAACAUA